UUUUUACAGCAGUUCUUUUUAACCUAUUACGUGUUUUCAAGUAUAAUUAACUAAGUAUAAUUGUAUAUUACCUUUGUAACAGUUGCCUGUAUUACGCUUCUCAAAGUUAUUAGCCAGAUUUAGCUAACGGCUACUGUUAACCAAACACAAUCUCCGCUGUGAACGCUUAGAGCAAAGGUUCCUUGAAAAAAUGUCAUCCAGACGGCAAGAUCCAGCUCAGUCUGUCUCCCCAGUCCUCUUCCUGACUGUGGAGGGUGAACCCAUGUUUUUCUUCCUGCGACCCGGUCCGGUCAAGCGUAAGCUUCAGCCGCUCAUCACCGCUGGAGGAGGAAUGUUAUGUAAAGUCCAGCAGCCAGGAGCCAUCCUGCUGAUUGAUCCUGAAGAAAAGACUUCUGUUCCUGAAUCUGCUGCUCAUAGGUAUGUUUCCACCCAGUAUAUUCAUGACUGCAUUGAGAAAGAGGAGCAGCUGAAUUUAGAAGACUACAGGCUGAAUCCAGAAGUGAUCAGGAGACCCUCUCCAAGAUUAAAUAGCAGUGGGGGGAGCCCCUCUGGACUCUCAGGAGGCAGGGUGGCGUACACCUCUGAAGAAGAUGCUGCCAUUUUGAAUUUCAUCAGCAAGCGCAAGGCAGACGCUGGGGGGAACCGGCUUUGGCAGGAGAUGGAGAAGCAGCGGGUGACCAGUCACAGCUGGCAGUCCAUGAAAUCCAGAUACAAAGACCGACUGGCGAAGAUACAGCCUGCGGUUAUAGCAGUAGAAACGAGAGAAGACAGCGAGAAGCUACCAGAGAAAACGACUGAGGAAUGUGAUGCUGAAAAAUCUUCCCGUGAAUCAACCGUCGGUCCUGCUCCCACACAUUCAGCAGAAUCAGACCUAACACAGAUCGAUGUCCAGUCAGUACCAGCUGCAAGCACACCUGAACACGUAGAAACUCCGAUACCUGCCUCUGUUGGAGGGGAAGAUAGCCAAACAUCUGAGGUACACCUGAAUAAAAACAUCCAAUCAGAGAGUGUUGAAGGGGAAACAUUUCCCUGUUGUCAAACUGAGGAACAGGCAGAUAUCCAAGCUAGCACAGAGACCCCAGAAACAAAAGGAGAUGGACCUCUGACCGCUGUUUUAUCACAAAUACAUAAUUUACCAAAAAGUCCCUCUCCAGCUCAGAUUGAAUUCUCAACUAAAACUGGUUCACCUAAAAGGUCAAAAGAAAAGCCGGAGGCUUCCUUGAUGCAUGAACAACCACAGCAUCGAUUAACACGCAGGCAGCUGGAGCUGAGGGCAUUAUCUUCAAUCCCCGAGCCAUACGGAAAAAAACUGAGAUCCUCCUCGAACACCGCAGAACAGCCCACAGCAUCCCCACUACCCUCGAAAAAAACAAAAUACACCAGGAAGUCUCCUAACCAACGAACCCAAAUAACAGAAGAGCCCCCUCAGAAAAAAGCCAAAGCGAAGAAGGCGGCAGCUGAGGCUGAGAGUCAGGUGGAGCAGGACAGCCAUGAUGCUAAGACUAAAACAGCACAAGCAGACAAAGCCAAUUCAGCCCCACAGAAAGCAGCAAAGAAAACAGAGAAAAGAAAGCUGGGAAUUCUUGAAAUGGCAACAAAGGAGUUUGAAGAUGAUUCUGAGUGCGAUGAAGAUGAAGGUCCAGAUCUCCUAAACAUUGCUGGAACAACAACUUCGUUAGGAGAUGCUCCACAUAUUUCAGACACACCUGCAGAUCCACCUUGUUCUCAGUGUAACCCUGAAUCUGGACCCAGCCCACAGGGGAUUGUACCAGAGACUCAGGCCUCAAACGGCAUCUGUGUCCCAAACACAGGCUCCCCCGAUGCUGGACCUGCCCAGCCAGCUGUUUCAGAGCCCAUCAGCACCACUUCAAAGGUCCACCUAUUCAUAUUUGAGAGGGAAUCUCAGCAAAAUGACUCUGAGUCUCUGGUUGGUGAAGGCUCAGCAUCUCCAUCUCACCCACACGCCUCAAAGGACAAGGACACAGCAUUUUCUCUGACUCAGGCGCAGUUAGAGGAGGACAAGCAGAAAAUCAGGGAGCUGAUGAACCAGACAAACCAGGACCUGGUCAGUGUCACCAAAGCUUUGCUUAAGACCAGCGGAGACUUCGCUGCCGCAGUUGAUUUACUUUUGAAUCCCUUGUCUGUUUCCGGACCGCUCUGGAAUCGCCAUGACGACAGGCUGUUGCAUUCAGGCGACCCUACCAACCGUCAGAAGCUGCAGGAAAAAUACGGUGAGGAGAGUGUGGCCAAGAGGAUUGUGUUUCUUCAAGUGGAGGGAUAAAAAUGUUACCGGAUGAGAUGAGAGAUCUGGACAAAAUGGCAAUCAAGCUGCUAAUAAUUAGAAUUUAAAUUUCUAUUUAUGGUUCUUAAAUUUUAGCAAACAAACUAGAAAUACUCUUGCCUGUUUUAGAGCACAUCAGCUCCUAAUGGUUAAAUGAGAAAAAUAAAGAGAACUAACUGUUCGUUUCAAAUUUAAAGCAAGAUGAUCUUGAACGUUUCAACACAUUUUCGAACGUUUGUACAUAUAUUUAGUAUGUAAAAAUUACAACAUUUAGAGGUGAUCCUUAUUUAGUUUUUAUAAGAUUUUUGAUGCAUUUUAGCAUGAAAAUAUGUCAUUGUAUGUGUUUUUAAAUAUUUUGUUAUUAUCUAAAUUGCCUAAUAAAUAUGUCAGCACUA